AUGUCUGGACCUGUCGCUGAUAUGGGCCUCAUCGGCCUGGCCGUUAUGGGUCAAAACAUUAUCCUCAACGCCGCCGACCACGGUUUCACCGUUGCCGCCUUCAACCGUACCGUCUCCAAGGUCGACCGAUUCUUGGCCAACGAGGCCAAGGGCAAGUCCAUCGUGGGCGCUCACUCUCUGGAGGAGUUCGUUUCAAAACUUAAGAGCCCCAAGCGAGUCAUGCUUCUCGUCCAGGCCGGUAAGGCCGUCGAUGACUACAUUGACACCCUCAUCCCCCUCCUUGAGAAGGGUGACAUCAUCAUCGACGGUGGUAACUCUCACUUCCCCGACUCCAACCGCCGCACCAAGUACUGCGCUUCCAAGGGCAUCCGCUUCGUCGGCUCCGGUGUCUCUGGUGGUGAGGAGGGUGCCCGCUACGGUCCCUCCAUGAUGCCCGGUGGUAACGAGGAGGCCUGGCCCCACAUCAAGGACCUUUUCCAGAGCAUCUCCGCUAAGAGCGACAACGAGCCCUGCUGCGACUGGGUCGGUGAUGAGGGUGCCGGUCACUACGUCAAGAUGGUCCACAACGGUAUUGAGUACGGUGACAUGCAGCUUAUCUGCGAGGCCUACGAUAUCCUGAAGCGCGGUCUCGGCCUCUCCUGCAAGGAGAUUGGUGAUGUCUUUGCCAAGUGGAACAAGGGCGUCUUGGACUCUUUCCUGAUUGAGAUCACCCGUGACAUUCUCUACUACAACGAUGACGAUGGAACUCCCCUCGUCGAGAAGAUCCUCGACCAGGCUGGUCAGAAGGGUACCGGCAAGUGGACCGCUAUCAACGCCCUUGACCUCGGUAUGCCCGUCACCCUCAUCGCCGAGGCUGUCCUUGCCCGCUGCCUGUCCUCCAUCAAGGAGGAGCGUGUUAAGGCUUCCAGCAAGCUUCAGUACGUUGGCCGCACCAACAAGUUCGAGGGCAACAAGGAGCAGUUCAUCGACGACCUCGAGCAGGCUCUGUACGCCUCCAAGAUCGUCUCCUACGCUCAGGGUUUCCAAUUGAUGAACGAGGCCGCCAAGGAGUACGGCUGGAAGCUUAACAAGCCCUCCAUCGCCCUCAUGUGGCGUGGUGGCUGCAUUAUCCGCUCCGUCUUCCUCAAGGACAUCACCAACGCUUUCCGCAGCAACCCCGACCUCGAGAACCUUCUCUUCGACGACUUCUUCAACAAGGCCAUCCACACUGCUCAGCCCGGCUGGAGAGACGUCGUCGCCAAGGCCGCCCUCCUUGGUAUCCCGACCCCGGCCUUCUCCACCGCUCUGUCUUGGUUCGACGGUUACCGCACCAAGGAUCUCCCCGCCAACCUCCUCCAGGCUCAGCGCGACUACUUCGGUGCUCACACCUUCCUCGUCAAGCCCGAGUCAGCUAACGACAAGUACCCCGCUGGCCAGUACCACCACGUCAACUGGACCGGCCGCGGAGGUAACGUCUCUGCUUCUACAUACAACGCUUAA